CUUUAUUCUUUAUAACAGCCGUUAUAAGCUCACUGUUGAGUUCUCUGUCCUACAACAGCUUCCUGAGAGAAAAACUGGGGAUGAGCAACAGUAUCUCUGUCUUCAGCUUAUUUUAAUGUGUCGUCAGUAAAUUAAACAAAUAAAUUUUGUUAUUGAAUAAUGGUUUCAUUUUUUUCAAGCAAAAAUUAUAAACUAUUUGACGCUUUUAGCUGUUAUAUAUGAAAAUAAAAUGAAUAUUUUCUGGGUUUUUUACUUUUGGUCGAUAAAACAACACUUAAGAAUAUGCUAUCUUGGGUUUAUUUGAUAAUCGAUAACAAAAAUAAUCGUUAGUUGCAGCCCUCGAUUACUAGAUGUGAAUAAUUCUACAAAAAUACAUAAAUCCCACUAUACAUAGGUCCACUUUUCUUGUCUUUUUAACCUCAUUUGUCUCUGUCUAUUUGCUUGCAUCACACACUGACAGUAAAGCAUCGCCCCGGGACAGAAAAAAAGGCCAGAAACAUGCAAGGUGGUCGGGGUGGAGUCAACCGCAGCUCCAGCUUCAACACAGCCGUCUGAUUUUCUGCCCUGUGCACAUUCACCCCUCUGUCGGAAAGGCCUUCAUCCAAGGAAACUGGAAUGAAAACAGGCGACAUUUAGGACUAUUUUUUCCUUUUACGCAUUUCAUCUCUCUGUGUCGAUAAAGUCAAAGGAAGCAACGGCAGCAUGGGGGCAUACGAGGAGAAAAAAGCAACAUGUGGAACCAUCUGCCUGAAAUACCUCCUGUUUGCUUUCAACUUUCUGUUUUGGUUGGCAGGGGGCUUCGUGAUGGCCGUGGGUGUUUGGACCCUGGUUGAGAAGAGCGACUACAUCAGCCUCCUCUCCUCCAAGACGUACGCCGCCUCCGCCUACAUACUGGUCCUGGCUGGAGCCAGCGUCAUGGUAACGGGCGUGCUGGGCUGCUGUGGUACCUUCAAGGAACAGAGGAGGCUACUGCGAGUGUACUUUGUCCUGCUGCUGUGUAUUUUCCUGUUGGAGAUCCUGGCCGGCGUCCUGGCUUAUAUCUACUAUCAGCAGUUGAACGAGGAGCUGAAGCAGAACCUGAGGGAGACCAUGACCCAGAAGUAUAAACAGAACACCCAUGAUCACGUCACCAAUGCUGUGGACAAACUGCAGCAGGAGUUCAAGUGCUGUGGCAGCAACAGUUCAUCCGACUGGGCCGAGAGCGUCUGGAUCCGCUCCAGAGACGCAGAAGGCAGGAUGGUGCCUGACAGCUGCUGUAAGACUCCCACCGAGCUCUGCGGCCGCAGGGACCACCCCUCCAACAUUUACAAGGUUGAGGGUGGCUGCAUCACAAAACUGGGGAAAUUCAUCCUGGACCAUCUGAAGAUCAUUGGAGCGGUGGGUGUUGGGAUCGCCUGUGUACAGAUUAUAGGGAUGGUGUUUACAUGCUGCCUAUAUCAAAGUCUAAAGGCAGAGCCGUACUAAGAGAAGAAAAAGAAGAGAUGAGUGUGUGUGUGUGAGUGUGUGAAGGAGGUAACUUCAUCACCACAUGCCAUACUCAAAUAGCCCAUAGGUUCUUUUCUUUGCCUUGCACAUAGGGGAAGGAAAAAUUUGGCAAGGGAUCAAAUUGCACAUCUGAGGAGCUCAUUUUGGUAAACAAAGGGUGGAAAAACACUACAAGGUUUCUUGAAGUAAGGCACUCAAAUUGCAGUCUCAGCUACAUCUUCAAGAUCACAGCACUGUGAGAAAAAGCCUCUGAGAGAGAAACUGAUGGGAAUUUUAACACAGAUUGUAUAAAUUAGUGUGGGACAGCCUCUUUGGGACUCAACUGUUGUAGUUUUCUUCCAUUCUGAUUCCCUCGAUGUACAAUAGAUUCAUGUUAGUAGACCAGGUGCUGUACCUGUGAGUGGUGGAAAGAUUAGUGGACUAAAACUGGCACUUGCCAGAAAAUGUUAAUCCCGGACGCAGCAGCUUUCUCUUUCCCAGCAGCACGGUUUAAUAAGCCAACCUCUGGGGCCCACUUCAACUGCAACAGCAUUUUGUUUCCAUGUCAACUAGCCAGUUGUGCAUUUUAAUGUUUUUUUUUCUUUGAUAGUGGCCUUUUUAAACGUUUGAACUGUUAGUUUUUAUAUUUUUUUAAACGAUUAUUUUCUGUAACACUUGAGAUGCUUUCCUAUGAGCUAUUGCUGCCUUUAUUGCCUAAUGUGUCUUCAUAGUGACAUGUCAGUGUUUGAUCAUGCUCUUACUACAACUUUGCCACCUUAAACACAGUAUCUACUAGAGUGAAGGUACACAAGUUUUAGUGCCUUGCUUGGUAGCGUAACAUUGCCAUUUUCCUGCAUUUUAACCGUAUAUGACUGUUCUGAGAUGUAAAAGGCUGAUGUGAAUGAAGUGAUUUCGUGAUCGUGUUAAUGAUACAAGCAGUGAAACUAAUAUUGCUCAUAAGAAAGUGCCUCAUGUUUCAUUUUUACUGUCUACUUUUUUUAUACAAGGGAUUUAUCCACUGAUGCCAAAGUUUUCAACAGUAACUUUGUGUAAGGACCUACUGUAUCUUUUCCAGCCUUAUUCUCAUAUCUACUGAUGACUCUUUUUAUUUAGAUUGUUUUCAUAAAUAUAGAUUUUGUUUACUUUUCUAUAGACCAUAAAUAUAUUAUUGUAUUUAACAGACACAUGGUAGGAAACUUGCUGUUACUAAUGAUCUUUCUCUGUGUGCCUCAAAGACAUCACUAUAUUAACUGCCUGUAAUUCUCCUGUAUUCCUGUCUUUGUGAUAAUCCAGGAAAUAUUUUAGUUUGAAUAAACACAAAUCAACAAAA